AUGUGGUUUGCAUCCUGGAUACUUAAAGGAAUGCCUCCCUUUGAGCGUGAAUUUGAUCGUAAAGAUCCCCUCAUUGACCACAAACACAGACCAAACCAGAUCAGCGGAAACUUGACUUGGAUUCUCGCCUUCGCUAUCCCAAUAACAGCGACAGUCACUUUAGGACUCUUUCGCCGCUCGGUUCAUGAGAUCCACCAUAGCCUCUUAGCGCUAUAUUCGGGAAGAGGGCUGUCACAGCUAAUCACUGAAUUCUUGAAGAAUCGAGUCGGUCGACUCCGACCGGACUUCCUUCAUCGCUGCAAGUGGGACAAAGAGUUGAAAGCAUGCACGGGGGAACUUGAAAAAGUCUUGGACGGCCGACGAUCGUUCCCUUCUGGCCACUCAUCUACGGCAUUCUCCGGGAUGAUGUUCCUCUCGCUCUGGAUAGCGAGCAUCACCGGAGCAUGGUGCUUUUCGCGCUCCUCCGCGGGAGGGGCCCUCCUCAAGAGCAAGCUCGCCCGUCUGGUGGCGUCUUUGCUGCCUCUCGUGUUCGCGACCUGGGUGGCUAUCUCGCGCGUGGAAGACUAUCGUCACCACAAGGAAGAUGUCAUUGUUGGCAGCCUCAUCGGUAUUGCAUCGGCCACCAUUUGCUACCUUAUAUACUGGCCAAACCCAUUCUCGAAGGAGCCGCACCUUGCUAAGAUGGUGUAUGGUGCUCGAGAGGACACGCCUACGAGGUAUCCUGCGAGGUACGGUUACGAGAUGGCGGGCAUGGGCAAUGAGGAGGGAGAUGGAAGAGUAUAG